GAAGAAGAAAACAUCGCCCAAAGUGGAAGGCGCCGUGGACAGCGUCUCGUUUGGACUUAACGUUUGAGUGACCUUUAACCUGCCCGUUCUUUGUGUGCUGUUAACUGUGCGUCAGCAUGGCAGUCGUCAUCCGUUUACAGGGAUUGAACAUCACAGCAGGUUCUCAGGAUAUCCGUAAAUUCUUCACUGGCCUGACUAUUCCCGAUGGAGGAGUUCAUAUAAUAGGCGGGGAGCGAGAAGAAGCUUUCAUUAUUUUUGCUUCGGAUGAAGAUGCUAGAAGAGCAAUGACAAGGUCGGGCGGCUUUAUUCAGGGCUCUAGUGUCACGUUGCUUCUGAGCAGCAAAACUGAGAUGCACAAUGUGCUUGAAAUGAGUACAAAGCAUGUGGAAAUGGACAGAAAGUGGCAACCUCAGGACAACACUCAAAGACAGCGGUUUGAAAGUGAGGCGCAUCUCAUGGGCAGUCACCCCCGGGAGCAGAGGGAGAAGAAGCCAAGUGACGACUCCUUCCUGUUUCUGAAAGGCCUGCCGUUCUCAGUGACAGAGGCCGACAUCAUUGCAUUUUUCGACGGCUUGGCUGUUGAUGAUGUGAUCUUGCUGAAAAAGCCAAACGGACAGAACAACGGACACGGUCUUGUUAAGUUUGCAACUGCUCAAGAUGCGACAGAAGGUCUGGCGCGAGAUAAGGGCUACAUCGGAACACGGUAUGUGGAGAUUUCCCCGACAACUGAGAAGGACUGGCUGUGGAACGCUGGUAAACGACAUCGUGCCGCCAAAUACAGUGAUGAGCUGGGAGAACAUGGAGCCCACUUUGAGAGCUUCCGGGAUUCCCAGUAUCGUGAUAGGUCGCCACAUAGACACUGGUCAUCCAGCAAGGAGCACUGCGUCCUUCUUGAGAACCUCUCCUACGACGUGGAGAAGAGUGACCUGAAAAGGCUGUUUUGGAGCGCAAACGUUCAGGACGACCAGGUGUUAUUCCUUGUCGGAGACGAUGGACGCCGCACAAGAUCCGCGUUUGUACUUUUCAAAACACACCAAGACUACCAGGAUGCCUUGGCCAAAGAUGGCAUCAUGCUGUUAGAUCGCUGGGUUUCUGUGCAGCACAUCUCUCGGGAGAAAAUGAUGAGCCUUCUUCAAGCUCAAAACUUGACUGCUCGACCUGCUGUGGAGUCGUGGAGGAUUCAAGAUGAGUCAGACAAGCGUUUCCUGCUGGUGCUGAAUCUGCCGUUUGACGUGCGCAAAGUGGAGUUAAUGGACUUUCUUCUGGGGUUCAAUGUCAGAGAGCACAAUGUGUUCUUGCUGCCAGACAGCAGAGGCGCAGGCUCUGGGCGAGCUUUGGUUCUGUUUCAGUCGGAGGCCGAGGCGAGGAGGGCGCUCUGUCUGGAUGGGCGAAGGUUUCUUGGUUCAGAGGUCAUGCUGAAAUGCAUAUCCCGUUCCCAAAUGGGGGAGUUUGGUGUGGACCCUCAAGUGGCUGAGGGGUCUCUGAUUCGAGAGAUGCGGAUGGACAGAGGAGGCGGUGGCGCCUGUGAUGACCCUGAUGUGCGGAGGCCUCACGAUAGACCAGCAACAUCUAGAGGCUUGGGUUACGAGCCUUACCCACGGCACGAGAGGGAUAACGGCACCGGUCGUCCCGGGCCUCGGUACGAGGGUCCCACCUGUGUCAAGCUGCUUAAUUUGCCGCUGCAAAUAAAGAUGGAAGAAAUCUAUGAUUUCUGCCACGGCUACCGCCUCAUCCCUGGCUCUGUGUCUCUGCAGUAUCACCAGGAUGGGCAGCCACAAGGCUCUGCGACUGUGGUGUUCGAGAGCCGCCAGGAGGCGCUCACAGCUAUUCAUGAAAUCAGUGGUAGAGCAAUAGGAGCCAGAAGAAUCCAGCUUCAGUUUGUGUGAGCGCGUUUGAUGUGAACGCUGUCGGGUUCGGGUCUUGCAAGUGAAUAUGCACAUUUGAUUUUGUUUGAAAUUGCAUUUUUAUUAAAAACUUCCACUAGGCAACUGUGUCAUUUUUUUCUGAUGUUCCAAUCUGCACCUCUGCCAAACAUGGCUCAGUGAGGAAGAGGAGGAGGGACACGUGAUCCAGAAGUGUGUUCGUGUCUCCCGCAUCGACUGUUUGGGUUGUUUCCAGUGCAACGGGUGACCAAUGAUGUUUUCGUACGUGAUGGGGGCGCGCAGAAUGGGCAUGUAAAUGCCGCGAAGGGCCGUUUUCCAACCGGAAGUUAAUUGUGAUGUCGCGCGUCAGCCGAACAGACACGAAGAGAACCGACAGACUUCGGAGAGCAGCACCGUUUCCCUCCACUUUACUUUUCUCGCUUUGAAACGACCUGCUGUUUCACCAAGCUGCCGCACCGAGGUGCAGCAGCGUGAACUGGCUGAGCUUUGAACUGUAGCCUGUGUCGCUAAGCUAACUUCAUCACUAAGAACUCGAUCCCUGGUGCAGCGUGUGUUUCCUCGACCGCCG